GUACAGCUGUACCUGUCUAAGGCUUCCUUGGACUGUACUAUCACCACCAGCAAGAGUUCUGAGAUGAAUCUCAAUAUUCCAAUAUCCGAUGAUGGUGACUAUAAGGAGAUGCCAAUACCCGAGCAGUUUGUCCACAAAUUGGUGAAUGUUGAGGAGCAACCUGCUACGGCCAAGCUACACAGUGCUGUGUCCGACCUGUACGCCUGA